AUGAACCCAGCAUCCAGAGACAGAGAGCAGCCCCUCUUCAGCACUAAAGCGCACGUCUUUCAGAUCGAUCCGGCCACGAAGCGGAACUGGAUCCCCGCGAGCAAACACGCCGUCACCGUCUCCUUCUUCUACGAUGCCAACAGGAGCGUUUAUCGCAUCAUCAGCGUCGGGGGCACCAAGGCCAUCAUCAACAGCACCAUCACUCCCAACAUGACCUUCACAAAGACAUCGCAGAAGUUUGGCCAGUGGGCAGACAGCCGUGCCAACACCGUCUAUGGUCUGGGCUUCUCCACGGAACAGCAGCUGCAGCAGUUCUCAGAUCAGUUUAAAGAGGUGAAAGAGGCUGCUCGCCUUGCUCGGGAGAAAUCGCAGGAGAAAUUUGAGCUUUCCAACCCUGGGCUAAACAUCGCGGCUCCACAGCUGUCUCAGGAGCUGUCUGAGGAGAGACACACUCCGCCCCUGCUGUGUGUGAACGGGCCCGGGGAGGACAAACUGAUGCGCAGUAAGAGCGCUGACAUGGAGCUCAGCUCGGAGAAGGAGCGCAUUAAAAAGAUGCUGUCUGAAGGGUCGAUAUGUGAGAUUAACAUGGAGGCGGAGCUUUUGACACUCCAGGACAGUAACGCUAAGCUCGUGGCCGCGCUACACGAGGCAAACACAAGCGUGGACCAGUGGAAGAAACAGUUAGCAGAGUACCAGGAGGAGACGGACAGGCUCCGUGAACAGGUGGCAGAAUUAGAAGCUCAGAGUGGUCUGUCUCCUCCCAGUGACCGAGGGAAAGACGACCUUGCUCAGUCCCUGGAAGAGCUAGAGGCACUGCUGAAGGCCAAAGAUGAGGAAAUCCACAGUUUACAGAGCAAGAAGUCGGACUUUAACGAGUUGGAGAAAGAGAGAGAGGAAGCAAAACAAAGAAUGCAGGACUUGGAGCAGAAGAACGUUGAGCUCGAGCGACGAAUCCGAAGCGCUGAGGAGACCCUGGCCUCAUCGCAAGAGGAGCGCGACCUGGCGAUUAGCGAAGUCCAAAGAGUCAUCGAAAUUCUCGACGUCAAGAUCUUUGACCUGAACGACUUACGCCAAAGCUUGGCCAAACUCUUAGACAAGUAG